AUGUAUUCAACUGAUAUAUCAGACUGCACAAAAAACUUUGACCGCAACAACAACGGUCAGCAACAAUUUAAAGAGAUUUUACCAAAUCAAGCCAAAGAAGUAGAGUAUAAGAAUGCGGAAAAGGGUCUUCAGCAGAAGACCGUGGAUGUAGCUUCCACACAAAAACCUAAAAUUUUACCAAACUUGGUAUCCGCGCCUGAGGUAAACGGGCAAUCUAACGGGAAGCUUCAUAGCUCUGGCGGAUCCGGCGUGCCUAAUGUAUCGCUGCCUACUAGUGAGGAACUUGAAAGCCAAAAUGUAGUGGGACAUUUCGAAUUAGUUGGGCUUCGUGUACUGAUGGUCCAUAAAAAUGGGCAAAUCAUAUACAAAUUACCUGGAAAUAUGUCAGUACAGUCUCUUCCAGUUGAGACAAGAGAGUUACUCAUGGAGAAGAUCAAAGAAAUACAUAGGACUUAUUUGGAAACACCAACUCUCACUACCGCAAAUAAAGAAUCAACGGUGAACGCGUCAAAUCUUACAGCUCCUACAGAAAAUACUCAACAAUCAAGAUCGCAAAGCUCAUUAAAUGUACCCGCUAUUAGUCAAAUCGGUCAUAAUAGAAUGAUUGUCUCCCAAUCGUUACAAACACAACAACCCUAUCAAUCAUUAAGACAUAAUAAUGGGAGCUCAUUAACUACACCUACCACGAAUCACAUUGGACAUAAUCGAAUGAUUGCACCUCAGCAAAAUUCAACGACAACUCAACAGAGCUCAUCAUCAAAACUCACCACAGGCAAUUCAUUAACUACAGCCACCAUUAAUCAAAUUGGUCACACUCGAAUGAUCGCUCCACAAACUUUGAAUCUACUACAGACACCUAACAAAUUGGAGAAUACCAAUUUAGAAACCAACAAAUAUUCCACACAGUCAUAUUUAUCAUCACCAACUCCAUCACUUCCAGCAGUACAAUCUCCUACGAAGCCGGCUUUUGCUUCAUCAUAUUCAACUACGGGCACAUCAUAUUCACCUACUGGCACAUCAUAUGCAGCUACUGGCGCAUCAUAUUCAGCUACGGGCACAUCAUAUUCACCUACUGGAACAUCAUAUUCAGCUACUGGCACAUCAUAUGCAGCUACUGGCACAUCAUAUUCAGCUACUGGCACAUCAUAUUCAGCUACUGGCACAUCAUCUACCACCGCCACAACAACAAAUCACGAGACUUCGACAAAACCGACACGAAAAUAUAAUAAAACAGGACGAUACUCUAAAAAAAGGCCUCGUCAGCAAGAAGCUGAUGCGGAUCUGCAGCAGCAACAACAGCAAGCAUUAAGUAUAGAACAGAGGACAAUAGCACAACCAGUAGUGCACAUGACUGAUUCUGCGCAAUCGCAAGUACAAUACAGCUUUGCACAGAGUUUGGCUGAGGAUCAUCGAGCUGUUUUGUAUCCCGACUAUAAAACACCGUUCUCAUCAUUUGGAGACGUGCUGAACCGACUCUUACCCUAUCAUAUAUAUCAAUACGCCGAUAAUGAGCUUGAUUCGAAUAAAAAUACAUCAACAGAGGAAGAAGGUACUAGACGAAAAGUUAUAUAUGACAAAUUUCAUGAUAUUCUUCGAAAAGAAGCAAAGAAACCUGCGCCCGAUCAUCUCACCCAUUUUUGUGAAAAAGUAAUCGUCGAUGACAUGAAAGAGGAAGUAACGCAACUCCGGCAACAAAAACAACAGCUGGAGGCUGCUCUUCGUCACCAGCAACUAAAAAAUAUGGCUUCUUCGAGUUUAAGACGUCCCUCGGAUCUUAAUAAGUCUAGAAAGCAAAAGAAACGAGAGUGUUCUUAUUGUGGUCUUACAGCACGGAUUCCUGAUGGGGUUGGAGGUUUUAUGUGCCCACGCGGACAUAGAGACGAGCGUUUACAAGUACAAGUUGGUGAGGAUACCGAUUUUUUAGUACAUGGAAGCGAACGCAGAAAGAAAAGGACAAAAGAGCCAGACAAAAAUGAAAAAGCGAAACUAACUGUUCCUUAUUUCGGGGACAAAAAAAUUUACGUGUACAGUGUUUCUCUUCAGCAUGUUCUUCGUCAUCAAGUCCGCAUCAUGAUUGAGAACAUGAAUUGUCCGCCUGAAUAUGAACGCGUAAUUCGGCAUCUUUGGACUUUAUUUAUUAACGCAUCAAAUAUCAAGUUUCCACAAGAUUGGGUUGACGAACAUGGUAAAAUUAGGAACAAUUAUAAGAAAGAUGACAUCGCAGUUGAUGACGAUGAAGAUGAAGAUCUUGAAAGAUUGUUGACUCUUCAAAAGCCCCUUGAUGAAUCAGAAGGAGGAGAUGGUGCUCUUGACAAUGUAGAAGAUUUGGUGAAAGAAAAUGGUGAUUCUGACGAAGACGACAAAGAUAAAAAAGAAGGCAAACGUAGACGUAAGCCAAGGAAAAUAUUUCCAGAGAUGAAUGUCAAUUUAUCGAUAUUAUAUUUGGGAUGUGUUUGGUUAAGACAGCCGAUUUUGUUAGCAGAUAUUAUCAAAUGGGCAAACAGUGAUAGAAUCCCGUAUUUCUCUGCACGAACACUGCUUCCCAAAUCUCUAAGAGUUCGUCUUGAUAGAUAUAAUAGAAGCUUUGAACCAAUUAUAAUGAGAAAUAUGCAUCAUUUCGAGAACAUUGUGACAAAGCUCGUGACAGUCUAUAAUUCUCAUUACGGGAUUUCGUUUCCAGAAAUUAAUAUGCCACCUAUACUGUAUCGUUUUGUACGAGAAUUUUUAUUGCCAGUUGAAUUUUAUCCAAUCGCCAAAGAACUCGGAAAUCUUGUGGGACUAGAUUUAAGUGUAUCAGGAUACAUGGUACGUCAUUAUUCGAAUCCUGGUCCAAAGUUGAUGGGUUUACUGGUGAUUGUUACUAAAUUGAUUUAUGGCCUUGACGGACAAGAAAGGAUACCCUCAGAAAAAGAUCAAUUUGCCAAGUUCUUUCCGUCAAAAGAAAAGUGGUUUGCAGCGCUUCGAAAACGAUGUGCACAUAAAUUUAAAGUCAAUUUGCCUACAAAUCUUCGAAACCUAUCCGGACGAAUACAUCGAGUUCGCAAGGAAGCAACUUUUUUGUCCUAUUGA